AUGUGGCUCGACCGACUGGCGGGAGGCCCGGCCAGCAGUCCUGGACCCUCUACGCCUCAACCCGGUAGCAGAGUAUAUCCUAAAAGGACUUCGAGCACUCUGAGCCCAUAUGUCACAUCUCAGCGCCCUGGUAUAUCUCCACGAGGCUCCUCGCUAUCACUCGUUUCCAAUGAUUCCACCUCCUCACUCCUUUCGUCUUCGCGAAGGCCUAAUGGCUCCAACUUGAGGCAGGCCUCAACAAUAGACACGGGACCUGAUUCUUUGGAGGUGCUAGAGACUUUACUAGCAGGCUUUUCGAGUGACCGCGAACAGGCCGAUGAGAAAACUGCCAUUAAUGAGGACGAUAUCAACUUCGAGGCUGUAUUUGGGGGAUUGUCAUUAAAGGAGCUUGCCACGUCCGAACCUCCUGAUACAACCACAGUCAGCAACCGCAAGCCAAAAACGGCAGAAGAGAGCGAGAAUGAUAGAACCAAACUCGAAGAUCUUCACCAGUCGAUAGAAGCAUGUGACGAUGUACUCAAUUCAGUUGAGAUCAACCUUGCCAACUUCCGUAAUGACCUUGCCAUGGUAUCCGCAGACAUCGAAUCUUUGCAAACCCGAUCGGCAGCCUUGAAUAGGAGAUUGGAAAAUCGGAAACAAGUUGAGAAGGCACUGGGGCCUCUGGUAGAAGAGCUAAGCUUACCGCCUGAAGUUAUCUCCAAGAUCUCUGAGGGGCACAUCGAUGAGAUGUGGGCCAAGAUGCUCGCCGAACUGGAUCGCAGGUCGACCCAAUUCAAAAAGAAGUCCGAAACUCAAACUAGUAAUGCGGCAAAGGAUCUCGAACCGAUUCUUGACAAGCUCACUUUCAAGGCAAUCGAGCGCAUACGAGACUUCAUCGUGGCUCAGAUCAAAGCACUGCGAUCACCGCAUAUCAAUGCCCAGAUCAUCCAGCAACAAAGUUUCCUUCGAUACAAAGAUCUUUACACAUUCCUACACAAACAUCAUCCGACUCUCGCACAUGAGAUCGCCCUCGCAUACAUGAACACUAUGCGAUGGUACUACCUUAAUCAGUUUUCCCGGUAUGAGAAGGCUCUCGGAAAAAUCAAGCUUCACAUAAUGGACAAAAACGACACUCUUGGCCACGAAGAUGCGACCCGCAAGGCUACUGUUCUUUCGAGCAACAGGGCACCAGGCCCUCCUCAUGAUGCAUUCAAUCUUGGCCGGCGCAUUGAUCUCCUGAAAACCAACAACCAAACGGCACUCUCCUCAUAUCUCGCCGAAGAAGACCAAACAACUCACUACCUGGAAGUGCCCUUCCGCAACUUCAACCUGGCACUUAUUGACAAUGCCACGGCAGAAUAUACGUUCAUGGCCACAUUUUUCUCUCCCGCAUUGUCCUACAGCCAGAUUUCAAAGAACUUCAACUAUGUCUUCGAGGCUACCUUCGAACUCGGCAGAACCCUUUCUAGGACUCUGAUAGGGGAUACAUACGAUGCGCUCGGCCUUCUCCUUUGUAUCCGGUUGAAUCAGCAUUUUGCUUUUGAGCUCCAGCGCCGAAAGGUACCUGCUGUGGAUGGCUACAUCAAUGCGACGACCAUGCUCCUGUGGCCCCGUCUUCAGGUCAUAAUGGAUCGUCACUGCGAUUCUGUGCGCCACCUCAGCAAUGCUGUGCCCGCCAAACCGAGCCGCGCCGAAGCUGCUAAACUGUCUGCGGCACCUCAUGUUGUGACCCAGCGUUUCGGGCAGCUGUUGCACGGCUUAUUAGCCCUCAGCACUGAUGCUGGUGAUGAUGAACCUGUUGUGUCCAGCCUGCGCCGCUUGCGCUCCGAAGUGGAGACCUUUCUUACUCGUCAUGCUGAGCUCUUCGGUGACAAGCGUAAGAGUGGGCGCUUCUUUUAUAACAACUACUCACUUAUCCUCACCAUUAUCAGCGAUGCGAACGGCAAGCUUGCUGAUGAGCAGCAGGAGCAUUUUGAAGAACUGAAGACUCAGUACCAAGAGACGUCCUAG